UAUAAUAUCACUUUUACUGAUCAUUUCUUCUGAGGUAAAAAGCAGUUUGAAAAACACUGGUUACAAUUUGAAAUCAAAUUCAAAACAGCAACUAAAAAAGAACCAAUCGAAAGCCUGUAAAAUGAAACUGGGUCGCGAAAUUUUUUAUGCUGUGAUGAAGUAGGGGUAGUACCCUCAAGUUACCCCUGGGUAGCGCUUCGGCAGAUAUAAGCCUCUAAGAGCUAGAGCAGUUUUUCUGACUUACCUCGAAUUCGGACUUCCCCAGGUGCACCUUAUAAGUAAGUUUCAGUCCAAUGGUGAUUUUUUCAUUUUAUGACCUGGAACCGGUUCUAAUCGAUCAAAUAAAGUCAAACUUGAGGAAUGGGGUUCUUUCAGGAGCUAGAAUUUACCCCUGCAGUUUGAAGGGUCAAAUUUGAAAAUUACAGAAAGGUCAUUUUUUUGGAGAAGCAUAAUUUGGCUCCAAAUUAAUGAAAAUAAUCCAAAUGCAUACCGUUGGUGAGUAACGCCAUUGUGAACAAUAUAUCCAAAUUUCAGCUUCCUAGGUCAUUUCCACCCCAUUUAAGGUGGGAAAAACCUGAUUUUGACCCUAUUUUGACCCCAAACCACUAUCGAAAUUGACCUAGGAAGCUCCAAUGUCCAGAAUACAAUGGAAUGGUGCCACUUGAGUGCAUUUUGCAGGGUUCAACCUUCCAACCCCAUUUGAUCCCUCUCCAGGGUCAAAACAGUGGAUUUUUGCGUGUUUUUUGACGUUUGGCCAAACCUACAGCCAGCCCCUCCAAAUUUACUAGAGGGUCCAAAUUUUCACAGUACAUUGGGAGGAUGUACCCGAAGUGCCUUUUGCAGGUUACAACCUCCUAACCCUAUUUGACUCCUCUCCAGGGUCAAUAAAGUGCAUUUUUUUUGCCAUUUUUCGUGUUUUUCAAUUUUCCAGACAGCUUGCAGCCCCUCCAAAUCGACCUACAGGGCCCAGAUUUUCACAGUACAUUGGGAUGAUGUGCCUCAAGUGCCUUUUGUACAUAGGUUUCAGCCUUCCAAACACAUUUGACCCCUCUCCAGGGUGAGAAAAUGGGACUUUUCAGCUAUUUUCAAGUUUUUUUUUCAACUUUUAGAACACCCUGUAGCCCGUUCAAAUUGACCAACAGGGUUCAAAUUUUCACAGUACAUACAUUGGGAGGAUGUACCCCAAGUGCCUUUUGCAGGUUUCAGCCCUCCAAACCUACAUAUUUGACUUCCUUCCAGAGUCGAAACACUGGAUUUUUAGCCGAAUUUUUAGCCACAUUUUUGUAAAAAAUGGGUCUAUUUGCGGUAGGCUAGUCAUUUUAUAUAUUUAUAAGUUUCAGUCCAAUGGUGAUUUUUACAUUUUAUGACCUGGAACCGGUUCUAAUCGAUCAAGUAAAGUCAAAUUUGGUGAAUGGGGUUCUUUCAGGAGCUAGAAUUGACCCCUGCAGUUUGAAGGGUCAAAGUUGAAAAUUACAGAAAGGUCAUUUUUUAUGGAGAAGCAUAAUUUGGCCCCAAAUAACCAAUGGACACCUACCGCGUGUUCGCUUAUGGUAUCGCCUUAUUCGUUUCCUAUGUGCUUGAAAAAUUUCUCAAUUGAAAAUUUCCUUUUUACUUCUCCCUUUAAUUGAGUACCUAAAUCUCGCCAUUCAUUUUCUCAGAACGCAAUAAGGAAAAUACCUACGAGUUUAAAUUAAAACGAUGGUAAAUUUCAAUUAACUGCCGAUUUAUCAUAUACGGUAUCGACAGAAAUAUGAGAUGGAUACUUAGUUAUUCGCUUAUCUGUACAAGGAAUUUAAUAACUUCCCUUAUUACAUAUUUUUAGAUACCUACUACUAGGUAUAGGGCUAAUAUUAUAUCUAUCAAUCAUCUUUGUACUCUAGUUUCAUCCUUCAAGAACGUUUUGUUUUAGCCGAUUACAAUUUACAUUCCGUUCGUGAUUUGAUAAUUAACGCAGAACUGAAUGAGAUUGGACAGUGUGAAGUUACGAGUAUAUAAAGGUCUUGGGUAACUUCUUGAGUUCGUUACGACUCAACUGCGCAGCUGCAUGAAUUGACGAACAACCGACAAAAAAUGAUGAAGAUAUUUAUUAUAUUUUUCCUAUGCCUGUACUCCGAAUCAGCGAUUUAUGGUCAACGUUUACCAGACGCCUCAUCCUCUUUCACAACGAUGAGAAGCUUGGGAUUGGAUUAUAUCGACAAAAGUGCAUUCAUCGAAAAACUACUGGAUUUACAGGAGCCACGAUUCGUUAUACUCACCCGGCCACGCGGAUUCGGUAAAACCGCGUUUGUAGAUAUGUUAAAUGAAUUUUUUUCCGGAAAUAAAACCCUUUUUAAUGGCUUGUACAUCGCCAAACGGUUCCCCGGAAAAUGGACGAAAUAUCCCAUUAUCAAAUUGGAUUUCAGCACUUUGAGUCCUGUUAAUAGUAUCGGUGAUAUUGAUAUUUAUCAAAAUGAACUCGAAGAUAGACUAUGCGCCAUUGGAAAAACAUAUGAACUCGACUGUGCAUCAAAUCGCCUCGUUAAUUUACUCAUCAAUAAUCUGCGUACUAAAUAUGGCGAAAAAGUAGUCAUCUUGAUUGAUGAAUACGACAAACCAUUCCAAAAAGUCAACAGGACAGAUUCUCAUUUGUUUGAUGUGUUUAUACGCACUGCUGAAACAUUCUUUAGUCGAAUAAAACAGAUGGGCGAUAGUAUUGAACUCCUAUUCAUUACCGGUAUUUCUAGAAUAUUGGUCCUGAACAAUCUGAAAGAUUUAACAUUCGACAAGAACUUCUCCAGUGCGAUGGGAUUCACAUUAGAAGAAAUAAAAACGAAUUAUGAACCAUCCUUGAAGCAGUUGGCCACUCAUUAUGGAAUGAAUGAGGUAUCACAGAUCAUUGCAGAUCUCACCUAUUGGUAUGGCGGCUACAGAUUUAGCCUGAAAGAUAAUGAAACCAAAGUUUACAAUCCCGUUUCCGUAAUCUCCUGCUUGAGAAACUUGGAAAUGAAAAGUUAUUGGAUAAAGACGAAAAGCAUUGAACCUAUAAUCAAAAGAAUGAAAAUCUCCCAAAAAAAUAUCGAAGAAUUUUACUAUUAUAAUGUUGAAGCUGACGAUCUUGAUCGUUUGUACGAUGAUGAAUAUAGUUCCAGGAUUCCAAUAGCAGUUUUAUUACACAACUACGGUUAUCUCACUAUCAAAAGAUAUGUAGAAUCAAGUUAUCUCGCUAAAAUAUAUGAUGAAGAAUCAGAUCACGUAAUACUCGGGUACCCAAAUAAAGAGAUCGAAGAUGAAAUUAAAGGAAGACUAUACCCGCCCUUUGAAUCAACUUACGUACACGCGAUUAAUAUGAGUUUACGGGAAGGAGAUAUGGAAUCUUUCAUUGGCUUUCUGAACGAUAAGGCAUUCAGAAACUUUAAUUUGCCUAAAUCCCGAAAACCAAAAAAAUUUGACCAAUACACGGUCACUAGACAAAUUCUAAAUGCACUAAUUGAUUCCGAAAUAGGCGCAGUAUAUUCCAAUCAGCUCACCAGGAUUGGAGAAGAUGGUCAAACUAAGGGCGAUAUCGACCUCCCGAUUAGAAGUAUAAAUUGUCAGCUUGAAAGAAAAACUCAGUUUGAACGUAAAAGUCCCAAAUAUUUUAAAUCAGAUGUGGUCAUUACGAUUGAGAUUAAAGUUCGUGACAGCGCCAUCAAAGCUAUGUUGCAAUUGCUCGAAUACGCUGUAAAACAUACUGACCCGUUUCGUAUGGAGAUCGAUAAAUGCUCCAAAGAGGAUCUCCCAACUCGUACUAAUUUGUUGGCCGUAAACAUCGAAAAGAUACAGAAUCAGCGUGUUAAAAUUCAAGACUGGAUUGCCAUUCCCUACAGAGAUGGCAAAAUUUUCGUGAACGAAAUGCAAAGUAGUAGCAAAACCGCAUUUUAUGACCUCCACGAAGGUUGGAAUGAUAAAAAAUCCAACUGGGGCAGUGCAGAUCUCGAAUCAGAAAAGGAAAUUGUAGUUUGGCUCGAUGAGCCGUGGGUUGCAACAGAAGAAACCACUGUAACAUCAUUCCAUACCACUUCAGAAAGCACCACUACAGAUUUAUCCACAUCGAUGCAUAGGCCACAUGGAGCCCCCAUGAAGCCAAAAAAACCGAGAGUAUAAUAUUAACUCUCCGAAACUUCAAGUGUUUUCUUUUCGCAUAUGCUGUGCUGCAUGAUGAAAUCGACCGUUUUAUUCACUCCUAUAAAUAAUUCCCAAACUGAAUCUUCCAUUUGAGCUAAAUCGUCAAUUAAAAAGGUUAAAAUUUUGAAGCAAAGUGAUCGGCUCCGCAGCCAAUGUUUUUAGUUUUUUCUUCAGGUGAUUUCCAUCAAUUUCUGUAUAGGUCUCCCAGUGACAUAGCUCUAAAAUUUUGCAUGUACGAAAGAAGGUUGGCAAUCUAACGACUUUAGUUGUUUUAUUUUUUAAAAAAAUUAAAAAUGUAGCAUUUAAAAAAUAAAGUAUACCUCUAGUGAAGUAA